AUGCCGGUAGAAAGUGACCCCGCGCAAACCGUGACGUGGGUGAACGAGUUCAACCAACUGGGCAAGGAUGACAAGGAGUCUGCCGCGGGCCGUCGACUGCUCGAAAACGUCUGGCAAGGUACAGACGCCGCCGCGGACCACGCGUUUCGUCUUCUCCUCAAGAAGCUCUGCCCGGCUGGUGAAGACGGAAAAAAGGAAGAAACCAUCAUCCCGAGCCCCAAGAUGCUUGAAGACUACACCUCCCGAGCGGCGCUCACGACGGCCAUGCUCAUCGCGGACUCAUGGGUCGCCGCGGCGGACAAGCCAUCGCAGCAGGACACCUACGAGGAGUUCUAUACCCGAGCCGAUAUGUACGUCGCGUCGUUCGUCGGUCCCCCGGCUGGACCGCCGGCGCUCGGCCUCCUUGAGACGACCCUGCUCCCGAACGCGCUCUCGAGGUUCCUGAACGGCCGGACCAAGUUCUCUGACUGGGGCGUGACGACGAAACUCAUCAUGGGUCUCCACGGCCCUACGCUCGAGGAGGACCCAGAAGACGAUGAAGACAGCCUUUUCUCCAUCAACAACGAGCCCGACGAAGCGCGCGUAGAGAAGGGUGUACGGGUGCUCUUACGACGCGGCUCGAAACACCUCACGUCGCCCUACGUGUCAGCGGCGGCCGUCGACAUGGCUCGGAUUGAAGCGCGUAUGGCAGAGUCCCAGCUCAAGAUGGAGCUGCGUCUGGAGGCGGCACAACGGAAACGGGAGGACGAGCUCCGGAAGGAGAUCCGGGCGGAGCGACAAAACGACCAAGACCACCGCAUGAUCGACGCCGUGUCGCAAGAACAACGUAUCGCGGACCUCACGAUCAAGACGAACGACAUCCUCAUCAACGCGCAGUCCAAGCCGACGCCUGAAGCCAAGGAGCAACAUCGGUCGCUCAAGAUUCCCAAGUUCGACUCGAGCAAGGAAGGCACGGCCGGCGACUUCAUUCGUGGCGUCGAAGGGGCUGCUGAAGUCACCUCGCAGCUCCCCACGGCCAAACUCGUCGUACUCUACCGGUCGCUCGGACAACGGGAGUUCUCGUGGACCACGCGAUACGUGGGCAACCAUGGAUGGACGGCGUCGAAGCUCACGGACGCAAACUGGAAGGAGCUCCGCGCCGCGUUCAUCGAGCAGUACUCUGGCGCUCUCGUGACCCGCAUCAUGCAAUACGAGAAUGUACAGCAACGAAAGGCGCCAGCCGGCGGCCUUGAGCCAAUGCGCUCAUACCUCGACCGAGUCCAAAUGCUUGCGCUCGAGGCCGGUCAAGGAAGCAACGAGAACAGCGUGGUCAUGCGGGCGCUCAUGGGCAUGAUGGACAACGCGACCCGAACGGCACUCUCGACGCAAGUCAACUCGGCAAUGACAUGGGAGUCAUUUGUGCGGGUCGCCACGCAAGCAGCGGACGUCAUCCACAUGAAGAGUCGUCGAGCGCCAGCGAUGGUGCAGGCGGUCGAAGAAGACCCCGACGAGCAAGACCCGAGCGAGGUGAUGGCCGUCGGUGAUGGCAAGAAGACGUGGAAGUGCAACCUCUGCGGUGUCCCGGGCCAUUUCCGCGCACAAUGCCCACAGAACGACGACAACCCGGGGACAGGGUGCCUCCUGCACGGACCAAAUGUGCUGCAUACGACAGACCAGUGCAAUCACAUGAAGUCCAUGGCCAAGAAGAUGCAAAUGGCGCGGAAGGCGGCUCUAGCUCAACAACAGGCCCCCCAAGAUGCGGUUCCCGCGGCGACCGAGACCGACGCACCGCCGGCGGAUUUUCAGUCCGACCAACCAUAG